GCAGCGCCUCUUUCUUAGCUAGUCACCGGCCCGGCCCCAGAAUGCCUGUGUGUGUGUAGCCUCCGCAGAGAGGUGGUCCUCCCGGAGUCUGAGGGGCCGCCGGAGCUGCUGAGAACUGGGCUGGGGCCGGGGGAGGGGGGGGACCGUCCCUGCCAUGAGCCCCUUCGGGAAUCUGCAGGAGGCAAGAGUCCUCACGCCUCUUCAGCUGCUCCGGAGGGAGAGGUGAGCGCUGGGCAGCCGGCCCGCAGCCAGAGGUGCCGGGAGCCCCGGGCCUGUCAUGGUGGCCGACUGCAGCCGGCCUGAGGCGCUCCCAGACGGGUUUGCAGCUGAGCUUGUUUGUCUGGUGUGGGAAGAAGAUGGGGAGUUACUUGUCCAUCUCGGCUUACUUCACCUCCAGAGACCCCUUUCGGUGUUCGGAAUGCCAGGAGUCCCUCACCAACUGGUACUACGAGAAGGACGGGAAGCUGUACUGCCACAAGGACUACUGGAGGAAAUUUGGGGAAUUCUGCCACGGGUGCUCUCUGCUGAUGACCGGGCCUGUCAUGGUGGCCGGGGAGUUCAAGUACCACCCAGAGUGCUUUGCCUGUAUGAGCUGCAAGGUGAUCAUCGAGGAUGGGGACGCAUAUGCCCUGGUGCAGCACGCCACCCUCUACUGUGGGAAGUGCCAUAAUGAGGUGGUGCUGGCACCCAUGUUUGAGAGGCUCUCCACGGAGUCUGUUCAGGACCAGCUGCCCUACUCCGUCACACACAUCUCCAUGCCAGCCACCACCGAGAGCCGGCGGGGCUUCUCCGUGUCCGUGGAGAGCGCCUGCUCCAACUACGCCACCUCUGUGCAAGUAAAAGAGGUCAACCGGAUGCAUAUCAGUCCCAACAACCGCAAUGCCAUCCACCCUGGGGACCGCAUCCUGGAGAUCAAUGGGACCCCCGUCCGCACACUGCGCGUAGAGGAGGUAGAGGAUGCAAUUAGCCAGACGAGCCAGACACUUCAGCUCCUGAUUGAACACGACCCCGUCUCCCAGCGCCUGGACCAGCUGCGGCUGGAUGCACGGCUCUCUCCCCACCUGCAGAAUGCUGGGCACUCGCACACCCUCAGCACCCUGGACAUCAAGGAGAACCUGGAAGGGACUCUGAGGAGACGUUCCCUAAGGCGCAGUAACAGCAUCUCCAAGUCCCCCGGCCCCAGCUCCCCAAAGGAACCCCUGCUGUUUAGCCGUGACAUCAGCCGUUCCGAAUCCCUUCGCUGCUCUAGCAGCUACUCCCAGCAGAUCUUUCGGCCGUGUGACCUGAUCCACGGGGAGGUCCUGGGGAAGGGCUUCUUUGGGCAGGCCAUCAAGGUGACACACAAAGCCACGGGCAAAGUGAUGGUCAUGAAGGAGCUGAUUCGGUGUGACGAGGAGACCCAGAAGACCUUUCUGACUGAGGUGAAGGUGAUGCGCAGCCUGGACCACCCCAACGUGCUCAAGUUCAUCGGGGUGCUAUACAAGGACAAGAAGCUGAACCUGCUGACAGAGUACAUUGAGGGGGGCACGUUGAAGGACUUUGUGCGCAGCGUGGACCCGUUGCCCUGGCAGCAGAAGGUCAGGUUUGCCAAAGGCAUCGCCUCUGGAAUGGCCUAUCUGCACUCCAUGUGCAUCAUCCACCGGGACCUGAACUCACACAACUGCCUCAUCAAGUUGGACAAGACCGUGGUGGUGGCAGACUUUGGGCUGUCACGGCUCAUCGUAGAGGAGAGGAAAAAGCCCCCAGUGGAGAAGGCCACCAGCAAGAAGCGUACGCUGCGCAAAAAUGACCGCAAGAAGCGCUACACGGUGGUGGGGAACCCCUACUGGAUGGCCCCUGAGAUGCUGAAUGGAAAGAGCUACGACGAGACGGUGGAUGUCUUCUCUUUCGGGAUCGUUCUCUGCGAGAUCAUCGGGCAGGUGUAUGCAGAUCCUGACUGCCUGCCCCGCACACUGGACUAUGGCCUCAACGUGAAGCUUUUCUGGGAGAAGUUUGUCCCCACAGACUGCCCCCCAGCCUUCUUCCCCCUGGCCACCAUCUGCUGCAAACUGGAGCCCGAGAGCAGACCGGCAUUCUCAAAACUGGAGGACUCCUUUGAGGCCCUCUCCCUGUACCUGGGAGAGCUGGGCAUCCCGCUGCCUGCAGAGCUGGAGGAGCUGGACCACACUGUGAGCGUGCAGUACGGCCUGAUCCGGGACUCGCCCCCCUAGCCCUGGCCCAGCCCCCUGCUGUGGGCAGGGCCAUCCCAGCUUCCUGUGGAUCGGCAGCUUGUUUAGAAGCAGAACAAGCCAUCCCUACUACCUCCCCAGGAGGCGAGCCGGGCGCAGCACCAGGGAAAUGCCUCUCCACACGUUUUGGGGCCUGGUUACUGUCUGUACAUCCAACACUCGCCUGAAAGCUGUGAAGAAGAAAAAAACAGGCUGGUCCUGGGCCAGGAAGAAUCUGUUACUCGUGACCUCUCGGGAAUUCCCUGGGAUUCCAGGCUCUUGCUUACACUAAUCAGCGUGAUCUGGACCUGCCAGAGGAUUCCAGGGUGAACCAGCCGCUGGGUCCAGCUGAGGA